GGGUGGGUGAGGGAGGGAGUGUAAAUAGAGCGAAGGCAGUUUCGCGGCUGUCCUGCCACCUCCGUGCGGUCCUCGAGGAGCCCCAGAAAGAGAUGGAAGAAGACGAGCAGGAGCAGCGGCGCAGGAAGGUGGAGGCUGGGAGAGCCAAGCUUGCUAACUUCCGACAGAGAAAAACAAAAGGUGACUGUCCGAAUCCGAAGAAAAAGACGGCGAAGAGGAAGGGUUCGGCUGUCCAUGCGUCUGUCCAGGAGGAGAGUUCGGUAGCUACUCAAAACAGUGAGCUCCCUCAAGGAGGGGCCGGUUUUGAAAGCAAGUCGUGCAGCAACAGCCUGGAGGGGGCCGGCGGGGCGUCUGCAGCUCAGGAACGACAAGCCUGUGAACUGGAUGAGACUGGCCUGCAGGCACAGCAGCAGCUGCAGCCACAAGCACAGCCACCCCAGACAGCUCACAGCCUUGAGCUAGAAGCACUGCGCCUGAGCCUGAGCAACAUGCAUACGGCGCAGCUAGAGCUGACUCAGGCCAACCUGCAGAAGGAGAAGGAGACAGCAUUGACGGAGCUGCGGGAAAUGCUUAAUGGCCGGCGGGCGCAGGAGCUGGCGCUGCUGCAGAGCAGGCAGCAGUGCGACCUGGAGCUGAUGCGGGAGCAGCACGCCCGGGAGAAGGAAGCAGUGGUCCUCCGCUGUGGUCAAGAAACAGCUGAGCUGAAGGAGAAGUUACGUUUAGAAAUGGAGAAAAAUGUCCAGAUGAUAGAGACUCUGAAGCAAGAUUGGGAGUCUGAAAGAGAGCUGUGUUUGGAAAACCUCCGCAAAGAAUUGUCUGCAAAGCACCAGUCGGAAAUGGAGGCUUUGCAAAUCCAGUUUCAGAAAGAAUUAUUGGAGCAGAAGGCUGAGUUGGAGAAGAUCUUCCAAGCCAAACAGGAGGCUGAAGCUUCCCUGAAGAGCCUGGAGACCCAGCACCAGGCAGCCGUCACGAAGUUACAAGAGGACCUGCAGGCGCAGCACUGCCAGUAUUUACAAGACUUAGAGUUGAAGUUCAGAGAGAAGGAAAAAGAAAAAGAGCUGGAGCUAGAGACUCUGCAGGCGUCAUAUGAAGACCUAAAGGCUCAGUCCCAAGAAGAAAUCAGAAGCCUGUGGUCCCAGCUUGAGUCUAUGAAAACCAGCAGAGCGGAACUGAAUGGAUCAUGGGAACCACUCUUGGCCCACGAGUCUCACCUGGAGGAGCUGGAGCACCUGCGCUCUGACUUUGCUCAGCAGCAGCAGCAAGAGAGAGCCCAGCACAAGUCCGAGCUGGAGCACCUGCGGGUGUAUUUUGAGAAGAGAUUGAAAGAUGCGGAGAAGACAUACCAAGAAGACCUGACCUUGUUCCAGCAACGGCUGCAGGAGGCGAGGGAGGAUUCUCUGGAGUCCGCAGAAAUCAGUUCAUCCUGCCUAUUUCCAGAGGAGGCAUCUGCCAGAGAGAGAGAGGAGCAACCUGACGGGCUUGAUCUUCAGCUUGAGCAGCCGAAGGUCAAGUGCAGUUUAAUUGAAGACCAUCAGAUCAAACUAAGUAAAGCUGAGGAGAAGAUCCAGGUAAUGAAACAAGAGUUCGAACAAAAGGAAGCAGAGUGGGCGCUUUCGCACGACGGCCUAAAGAGAGAAGCUGAAGAGAGGUUAGCCUCCAUGUUUCUUGAGCUAAGAGAAAAGGCCGAGUCUGAGAAACAGUCCAUAAUCAACAGGUUUGAGCUUCGGGCGUCUGGCAUGAGGCGCCUGCAGGACCAGCAGGCUGCCCAGAUCGUAGAGCUGGAGAGAUCGCUGAUGGAGCAGCAGGGCCGCCUGAAGCAGCUGGAGCAAGGACUCUCUAGAGAUGACGUUGUGCCCUGUAGCCAGUGUGGCCGGGAGCCCCCCAUGGCCCAGGAUGAGGAGCAUGGCAUGUUCCUCCGGGAGAAGGAAGACUGUGCCCUCCAGCUGCUGAUGGCCCAGAACAGGUUUUUGGAAGAGCGGAAAGCGAUCAUGGAGAAGUUUGCCGAGGAGCAGGAUGCCUUUCUCCGAGACGCCCAGGAAAAGCACACCAGUGAGCUCCGCCUCCUGCAGCAGGGGCACCAGCAGCAGCUCCUGGCUCUGAGGAUGGAGCUGGAGACCGAGCACCACUCUGAGCUCGCCCAACAGCUCGCCUCCCUGGAGAGCAGGCAGCAGCUGCUGCUCGAGACGCACGUGGCCGACCUGCAGCGAAGACACAACGCCGAAAUGAGUGCUUUGGAAAAGAGACACCUGUCAAAUCUGGACGCGCUGGAAUCCUGUUACCUGUCCGACGUUCAGACUAUUCGGGAUGAACACAGGAGGGCUUUGGAGCUCUUACGAGCCGAGCUCGAGGAACAGCUACAGAAAAAGGACUCAUCUCACCAAGAGAUUUUGACACUCGAGUUGGAAAAACUUAAGCUGAGACACGCCGAGGAGCUUCAGUCUGUAAAAGAUAGCCUAAGAAUCCAAGCGAGUGCCAAACACACAGAGAAAGCAAAGAGCCAGGCGACUGACUCGCAAGGUGCACACCAGGAGGAACUGGCCAUGGCUCUGCACAGUCCAAGGCACCUUCCUGAGGAGGAUGGAAAUGCAACGCUGGGUGGUGUGGGUGCCGAGGGCCUCCUGCACCGAGCUGUGCCUCAGGAGCUGGGAGACCCACACAGUGCUGAAAUGCAGAAGCCACAAGCAGAGAUGGCCAAACCUCAGGAGCUGCAGGCAUCGCAGGACCAGGCAGCACAGCUGAAAGGCCAGGUCUUGUCCUUGAGUCGGGAAGUCGAAGAUUGCCGAGCGGAGCUGGAGCGGCUGCAGCAGAGGAGGGAGCGAGAGAACCAGGAGGGUGCUACACUCAUCUGCAUGCUCAGGGCUGACGCGGAGCAGGCUCAGAGCGAAGGGAAAGUACUCCGAGAUGCUCUGAGAAGACUGCUUGAUUUGUUUGGAGAAACACUGAAGGCAGCUGUGACCCUAAAGAGCCGAAUCAGUGAGCGUGUGGGCUUCCUCCUGGACCAUGUGGAUGCUACAGAUACGAGCGAUGCCCAGUUAGCAGCUGCAGCCCUUGGCGAUAUGUGGUCUGACGAGGGUCUCCUAGAGGUAGACAGAACUUUACCUGAAGGGGCAGAGACAUCGUCAGUGUCUGAAAUUAGCAGUCAUGUAUGUGAAAGCUUUUUCCUGAGCCCUGCAAAUGCCCUGGAAUGCGAGCAGCCGAUUAGGACAGUCUACCAGAGUCUCAGCACGGCUGUGGAUGGCCUCCUGGAGAUGGCGUUGGACUCUUCUAAACAGCUGGAGGAAGCACGCCGGCUCCACUGUUGUAUUGAGAAAGAGUUCCGUCAUCAGAAUGAGGGGAUGGCGCAGGCGAUGCAGAAGCAGCAGGAGCUGCUGGAACGCCUGAAGGAGGAGAGUGCGGCCAAGGAUGGGCUGGUACUGGAGUUGCACACGGCAGAGGGUCUCCUGGAAGGCUUCAAGGUGGAGAAAGCCGAUCUGCAGGAGGCACUGGGCAGAAAGGAGGAGUCGGAACAGCAGCUGAUCCUGGAGCUGGAGAGCCUGCGGGAGCAGCUGCAGCAAGCAGCCCGGGAGCUGGCUACUCUGAAGGAGGAAAAUUCGCUCUUGUGGAACCAGAAGGAAACUUUGACUAAUGAAGGAAAAGAAAGAGAAGCUGCACUGCAGAAGGAAGUGGAAGCUCUUACCAGAGACCAGUGGGAGGCCAGGAAGCAGUCUGAGAAGGACCGCGCCACCAUGCUCUCCCAGAUGCGAGUCUUGGAGUCGGAGUUGGAGGACCAACUUGUGCAGCACCGGGGCUGUGCCCAGUGGGCCGAGGAAGUGGCCACCCUGAAGCAGCAGCUGGCUGCCCUAGACAAGCAUUUACGUAGCCAGCGGCAGUUCAUGGACGAGCAGGCUGCUGAGCGCGAGCAUGAGCGUGAAGAGUUCCAGCAGGAGAUCCAGCGGCUGGAGGGGCAGCUCCGCCAGGCAGCCCGGCCACGGCCUCCCGGGCCCCGCGACAGCCAGAGUGCACAGCUAGAUGAGGAGGUGGAAUUAUUACAAGAAAAACUGAGAGAAAAAUUAGAUGGGUUUAAUGAAUUAAUCAUAAAGAAAGAUCUUGCAGAUCAACAAUUGUUAAUCCAAGAAGAAGAAAUUAAACGUCUUGAGGAGGCCAAUAUCAACAUACAAAGGCAAAUGGCCGAGCUCCAGGAAGAGCUGGAAAGGCAGAAAAAAAACAUGGAAGAACUCAGAGAUAAAGAGGCCCUGAAGCAAGAACACACAAGCGACUCGCUGCUGACACCUGUGUCACAGGUCAGGCUGGGUGAGGCUGGGCUGCCUGUGCUUUCUCGGGGCAGCUCUUCUGGGGGUCUUGAAGCCCAACCAGAGGUAACAGGGAGGACACACCUGGAGCAUGAGAAUGAGGUUGUUCACAGUAGAAACUCAGAAAUAGACGAGCUCAAAGCCAUCAUUGAAAAUCUGCGGGAGAACCAGGAACAGUUGCAGAGGGACAAAGCGGAGGAGAUCGAGCAGCUCCAGGAAGUCAUCGAGAAGCUGCAGAGUGAGCUGAGCCUCAUGGGGCCCACGGUACAUGAGCUCAGUGACCCCCAGGCUGGCAGUCUGCACAGCGAGCUGUCCUGCCUCCAGGCAGAGGGCCUGGGUAGACAGGCGCUGCGGAAUGAGCUGGAAGCUGCGCAGGCAGCCAAGGAGGUCUUUGGGCAGCUUCUGGCUGACCAGGCCCAGGAGCACAGCCAAGCGCUGGAAGCAUUGCGGCGGCGUCUACAGGAUGCGGAGGAUGCUGCUGCAAGGCACCUGACUGAACUAGAACGCUGUGUGGCCCUCAAAGAGGCCGAGGCCGAAGGCAUGGCCUCCCGGAUCCAAGACUUUGAAGCUAUCCUGAAGGCCAAGGAAGCAAUCAUUGUGCAGAGAGACUUGGAGAUCGACACCAUGAACAAGUGGAAAGUAAGCCAUUCCCUUGAGCUGGAGGCCAUCCUUCUGGCUCUGGCACACUUCCGGCACACUCUGGAACAGCAGACCUUUGCCACCCCAGGGGAGCCUUCCGAGCUCCGGCAGCUGCGGAUGCAGUGCGCUCGCCUCAGCCACCAGCUGCAGGUGCUGUCCCGGCGUUUCCUCAGGUGCCAGGUGGAGCUGGACAAGCAGCAGGCUCCUGGAGCGUCUGCUGGCUGUGCCGAUGCACAGGCUAAACAUGAUGAUCAACUGGAUCAGGACAGUGUCAGCAGGGGGCUAGCCUUGGCUCCUCACAGCUCAGCCCCGCAGGCUAAGGAAAAGCAACUGGAAGACUGUCAGCUGGGCAACGCCAAUCUCAUAGUCCAGGUGAAACAACUCCAGGAAAAACUGGACCACUUGGUGCAUUCCAUGGCCUUCCGGGACACCAGCAUGGAAAAUCCCAGAUUACAGCAGCCAAACCUGUCAGAAAAUGGCUCAAGUAAUAACUGUCCUAAUGGUGAAGAAAGUAAGGCAUUGCCCCCUGAUGAUGUAUUUAAUAUUGACAAAACCACAUGGGAUGUAAUUGACGUUACUAAAGAUCAGGAUCUGUUGCUCCAAAUUGAAAUGCCAGAUUUUGCCAGCCAGGACAAGCUAACAUCACAAGGUGGACCUCUUUCCUCACAAACCAGUGUGCACAAUGACCCCCUGUGCACUGAGGAGGCUGAGCCUCAGAAGGACCCAGUGAGGGCCCUGGACCUGUCUUCCUGGAGUUCCCCCGAGGUCCUCCGGAAGGACUCAAGCCUCGAGCCUCAGCACAGCCUCCCCCUGACACCCGGCACUGGCACCGUGAGCCUGCACAGCGUGGACACCUCCUCACUCGGCUGGACAGAACCACUGCUGCGGGCCGAUGGGUCAGGGAUGCUUUGUUACCCGGGCAAGUCAGCACCAGGACAGGCCCCGCUGUGGGCAGUGGCUCCUUCGGUUGAGAUCCACCAUGUGGAGAGGACAGCUACGGAGAAGGACGUUGAAGACUUCAUCGUAACAUCUUUUGAUUCUCAAGAAUCAUUAACAUCCCCUUCUCAUGAGUUAGCAAGAAGGAGUGAUGGGAGUGGCAAAAGUGGUAGCCCUGGCAUUGCUACAGUGAUGACCAUAGACUCAGGAGGACCCGAGACUCCCACCACUGGCCUUGCAGCUGCUGCUACUGUUCCUUUGUCUAGAAGGUCUGUCCAGUCCCCAGGAGCCAUGAAGGAGAAGGAAGCCCAUGCAAAGCACAUGAAGGCGUUGCUGCAGAUGGUAUUUGAUGAGAGCCAUCAGAUACUGGCCUUGUCAGAGAGCCAAGAUCUGCCUAGUGCACUGAGCAAGGGUGAACCACGUGAUCCCCUGGAUGGCUUCCCAAGGGACAAGCAGGCUCUUUUGGAGGUGACACCUGACAGAGGAGAGAAGGAACCUUUGGGAACACACCUUACAUGGAGUGAGGAGUUUUUGCGGGCCAUACAAGAAGUGUUUGCCAGGGAGCAGGAGAAUGCCGAGCUGUCCCCGAGACCCUAUGGCUCCGACCUUGGAGGGCGUAGCUCCCUGUUCAAGAGUCUGGAGACGGUACUUCAUGAGCAGGGAGACCUGCAGAAGGUCCAGGAACACCUUUGCCUGCCAGACAGGAGCAGCCUGCUGUCUGAGAUCCAGGCUCUGCGUGCUCAGCUCCGCAUGACACACCUCCAGAACCAGGAGAAGCUGCAGCAGCUGUGUGCGGCGCUGACGAGCACAGAGGCCCGAGGAAGCCAGCGGGAGCACCAGCUGCGAAGACAAGUUGAACUGUUGGCGUACAAAGUCGAACAGGAGAAGUGCAUAGCGAAUGACUUACAGAAAACCCUGAGCAAAGAGCAAGAGAAGGCGAGCGAUGUCCGGAAGCGCCUCAUGGUGGAGCAGGGUGCGGUGCAGGACCUGAAGUCAGAGCUGCACGCCUGUAAGCAGGAGAACACGAGGCUGCUGGAGUCACUGGACAAGGUGCAGCAGGAAGUCCUGCGGCUCAGGUAUGUGUCGCGGCUGUUGGUGGAGGCCACAAGCUGGCUCUUCAUCUGCUUCACUGGCAGAGCCAUGCUGGACGGGAAGGAGAGCGAGCUGAAGGCUGUGCUUGAGGAACUGGAGUGUGAGCGCGGGAAGGAGCAAGCCCUCCAGGCCCAGCAGGAGGAGCAGCGGCUGCAGCACCUGCAGCGGGAGGGCCAGAGCUCCAGGGCCUUGGAGGAAUUGAAAAUAUCUUUGGAGAAGCAGCGUGUUCAGAAUAAUCAGCUGUGCGUUGCUUUAAAGCACGAGCGUGCGGCCAAGGACAACCUGCAGAAGGAGCUGCAGAUUGAGGCCUCGCGCUGUGAAGCCUUACUGGGGCAGGAGAAGGGCCAACGCUCCGAGCUGCAGAAGAGCCUGGAGGCCGAGAAGAGCCGCUCCCAGGAGCUUUCCGAGGCCCUGCAGCACGAGCGGCUGCUCACGGAGCAGCUGAGCCGCACCGAGGCCUGUGCCCGCCAGGAGGCCCAGGUGCACCACGGCUUGCUGCGGAAGCUGAAAGCAGAGAAGGCUCGGGUGCUGGAACUGGAGAGCAUGCUUGAAAAGGUGCAGAGGCAGGCUGUGCACACGCGCCAGCAGCUGGAGGCUCAGGCUCAGGAGCGCUGUGUGGAGCUCAGGAAGGAGAAGGAGCGAGAAUUAGAAUUACAGCACCAGCGUGACGAGCAUAAAAUUGAGCAGCUUCAGCAAAUGGUGAGAGAGCGGAGGUGGAAAGAGGGGGUGCCUGGAGGGAGCGGCCCUGGCCGGGGCUCCCCGCACCUGGGUUCUCUGGAGCUGGAGCAUUUCCAGGAACAGCAGCAGGAACUGGAGAAGAAGCGGCAGCAGCUCCUGUAUGCAGCCGGGCUCCUCACGAGCUUCACCAACCACACCGUGGGCAGGACAAUUAAAGAUUGGACGUCAUCAAAUGAGAAGGCGGUGUCCUCCCUCAUGCGCACUCUGGAGGAACUGAAGUCUGAACUGAGCACGCCUACCUCCUCUCAGAAAACGGCCGCAGAACUGCAAAUCCAGCUCAUGAAUGAACUGCGGAGAGUCAACGAUGCUCUGAGCACAGAGGCCCAGGAGAAAGCCGAGCUGCGCAGGACCGUCUCCCGGCUGGAGAAGACCCUGAAGCACCACACACAGAAGGGCUGCGUUCUCAGCAGGCAAAGCAAGUCUCUACGGAAGCCAGAUGGGCCAGUUUUGCAGAGUUGUCUACAACACUCAGACCCAGAGUGGCCCACACAGACUAUGAGCGGGGAAGCAAAUAUCUGCAAUAUCAAAAUGGAGAAGCUGUACCUGCACUAUCUCCGGGCGGAGAGCUUUAGAAAAGCUCUGAUUUAUCAGAAGAAGUACCUCUUACUGCUUAUUGGCGGCUUCCAGGAUUCUGAACAGGAAACGCUCUCCAUGAUCGCUCACCUGGGGGUGUUCCCUUCCAAAGCAGACAAAAGCAUCACUACAUCACGUCCUUUUACCAAGUUCCGCACUGCCGUUCGGGUAGUCAUCGCAGUAUUGAGGUUACGAUUUUUGGUUAAGAAAUGGCAAGAAGUGGAUCGGAAAGGAGUGCUGAUACAAGGCAAAAGCCUCCGCCAAGGACAUCGAAUAUCCCGCAGACAGCAUUCUCCAUCAGAAACCAGAGCGGCUCUGCCGACCCGAGACGUUUCCUCGGGCCACAUCAAGGACUCUUGGCACAGACCCCGAUCCACGGCCACCUUGCUGGGCAAGGAAAGAUCAACUUCAUCGCCAAAUUCAAGGUUAGAAAGAUCCCUGACUGCCUCUCAAGAUCUAGAACAUUCCAUUACAGAACGCAUUCAUCAUUUAGAAAUGAUCCAGCAAAGACUCGGGGGGCUACCAGCAGAUUCUACUCAGAAAUCCUGCCGCCAGAAGAUCAAACAAUGAAUAAAGUCCUUGUGGCUCUUAACCUUUGACAAAUGUAUUUGAGGAAAGAUGGGUUUCCUAAGGAAAGCUCAUGGUAUGGUCUGGGACACACUCGAGGAGUGAUGACACCAGGCCCUACGAGCCGCCGAGUGUUUCUGCUGCCGCCCACUGCUGACUGGAGGGCUUUUUCCGCUCCAUCCCUCCUAGUGAGCAGUGGUUGUGUUGUAGUCUGUGCUAUUGCUAGAGCCACCUGCCUCUUCCAUGUCAGAAGUGGAGAGUGGUUCCCAGUUGUUUAUUUUUCUUAACGUGUAAGGAUGGAAAGUUCAUUUGAAAAUGAAUACAGAGGAAGGAAAGAAUAAAUUUUAAGUACUGUUCUCUUGGGAUGACCUUGUGUUGUUCUUUUAGUCCUUUGAGUUUAUCCUUUUUGUUGGUAAAACUAAUGAAACGUAUUGAUGUUAAACUUUUUUCUCGUGGCUACAGCCAUUAUGUAACUC